AUGUCAUACUACUUUAAAAAUCUGAAGCCAGACUUGAAUUCUGAUGCAGAAGAAGAUGAGGAGAACUUAUUGGAGACCAUAAUGACGAAUAGAAGUAAGCGAGAAAUUGAAGAACAAGAAUCAAGCGAUGACGAGUUGAAAACCUUGUCUUUUGGUUCUUUGAAGAAGGCCGAGACACUAAUGGAUGGAGAAGAUUCGAAGGAUACGAAAUCCGUUCACGAUAAACCGAUCGCAACUAUUUACAAAGAAGGUAGUUUUGAUGAAAAUAACGACAGCGAGGACAGAUCAGACGAAGAUCCCGGAUUUUUUGAAGAAGAUAGUGAGGAUGAGAGUCGUCACGGCCAAAAGGUAUCAAAAAAGAAGAGCAAACACGCCCCAGUGGAACAGUCAUCCAAGAAAAGGGUACCACGAGUCCGAAAUAUUCCAGGGCUUGAAAUACCGAGAAAUAAAAGGUCUAAUCUGUAUCAGGACAUUAGAUUUGAUAAGUCCACAGGUAAGGCCCUUGAUAGUUCUGUAAUAAGAAAGCGUUACCAAUUCUUGGACGAAUACAGAGAAAAGGAAAUUGAAGAACUGCAGAAACUGUUACAAGAUAGAAAAUUUCUAUCAAAAAUAGACCAUACAGACCGUGAAGAAAUGGAACAAAGAUUGAAGAGUAUGAAAUCGAGGCUGCAAUCGAUGAAGAACAAAGAUCUCGAGCGUGAAAUUCUCAAGGAAUACGAAAAUGAUAUGAACAAAAAUAAUAGUUCAAGAUACCAUUUGAAAAAGUCUGAGAAACGUAAGGUGGUACAAAAGUGGAAGUUUGAUCAUAUGAAGACCAAGCAACGUGAAAAGGUCAUGGAAAGGAAAAGGAAGAAGAGGUUGGGUAAAGAGUUUAAACAAUUUGAAUUUCAUAAUCGUAGGUAA